AUGAGCCUCGCGUCGUUUCUCCUUCCUGUCCUCCUUCCGCUGCCGCUUCUCUUCUCUCCUAGAAGUCAGGCGCAAGUAACAUCAGGAGGGGAAAUGGAGAGCAUGCUCUUCUGUACUGUUUGUAACACCGUUGUCGGGAGCUUGAACGAUGACCUGAAGUACUUGAUAGAUGCGAACAAGUACUGGAGACAAGCUGACCUCGAUCAACGGCUGGCUCUCGCAUGCGGCCAUCCCCAGAUUUCAAAGGGUGAAAUGAAGGCCGUCUGCGGUCGAUUCGUGAUGGAGCACUUUCGCAAGCUUAAACACGAACUGUACAGACGGUAUACGCCAGGAUACGAAGAACACGAGGAACUCAUUGCUGUCCGGGACUUUUGCGAAUCGCUCAAAGCUUGUCGCCCUCAGCAACUCACCCUCUACGAACACUACACUCGAGCAGCAAAGAAAAUGGUUGGGGAAUACGAAGACAAGCAGAGCCCGUAUCUCGCGUACCAGCACAAGAAAAUGAAAGAGAGACUGUUGAUGUAA